ACUUGUGAUUGAAAAGUGUACGAAGUUGUUGAAAACAUUUGUAAAUAUCAAAUCUAUGAAUUCAUCGAUCAAUUGAAUCGUCUUAUCCUUAUUGUUUCAAUCUAUUAUUUCAUACAAGUGCUUUAUCCUCUUGAAGUCCAUCUUAACCACCCCGCCACCAGCAGGCUAGCCAGAGUCAUAUUGACGUCCGUCUAGACCCCCCUCCACCAGCAGGCUAGCCAGAGUCAUAUCGACGUCCGUCUAGACCCCCCUCCACCAGCAGGCUAGCCAGAGUCAUAUCGACGUCCGUCUAGACCCCCCUCCACAAACAGGAUAGCCAGUCAUAUCGACUCAGUCUAGACGCCCCUCGACCAUCAGGCUAGCCAGAGUCACAUCGACGUCUAUCCAGAGCUCCUUCAAGCGAGUCCACCAUGAGCUGUGAACACAUUGCCAGCAUGAUUGACAAGAAACACCUGAAGCGCUACAAAAAACCACCUUUUAUAUUGUCGUCCAUUGAUGCCGUCAACCUCGCGGUGGUGUUUGAAGAAUUUGCCGACAAACUGGACAUACUGGCCCACACGCUUGACGCCCCCGCCCUGGAGAUACGGGGCAAAGACUCCAUAGCCUACGAGAAAGGUGUCUUUAGGCCAACGGUAAAAAUGGGCGUCCAACAGCAAGACUUCCUAUCCGUGCGGCAUAACUACGAGCCUGUCCUUGAGAGACGUGUCAACGAGAUCACACGAGGUUUGGAGGAAGUAAAGGCCCAUUCGUGCGACUCUGCCUCUGUUAUAACGGAAAAAGAUGUUCGCGGCCGCGGAGCUAGCGAGGCGGCGAUGAGGCAGAGAAAUUUAAAGUUCGUUCGCAAAAUUUUCUCUGGGGUCGUAUCGGAACUGGUUCAGAAAUGUUCCUACCAGUCGCUGCAGGAGUCUUUUGAUCAGGCCCGGUGUAAGCGUAUGGGGCUUAUCGACAAGUUCCAGGAACCCCUGAGGUGGGAUGAGAGGAUCAAGCACCUGAGGAAGGAGAUCAGAAAGACGAGGGCACUAAAGAGAUCCGAGUCUAAGAGACUGACCGCCCUGGCCUGGCACUGGCAGAACGAGAUCCAAGAGUUACAGGCGCGCAGCAAAAUGGAGAACGACUACAUCUCCAACAAAGCCGAGAUGCAAAUCAAACAGAGCCGAAAGAUCUGGAUCAACCAUGACGCGCAGGUGGACAAUCAACGACGGUCACUGCAGAAGGAGCGGACCAGGGAAACUCAAUGUCACUAUGCCAUGGUGAACAGUAUUAGGGACAAGACACAGAAGACACAGGAACUUUUGGCCUUUUGGGUGGAUAAAUACGAGACAGAGAGGGACAUUCUAAUCAACGAGCUGGACGCAUUGAAGGAAGACCGUCAGCGUGUUCUAGACAGGAUCCAGUACAUCCACCAUAUGACGGAGGAAUACAUGCCCAUCAUCUCAGACAAUAGGCGCAUCAAGGCGAAACAUGACACGGAGAAGGCCCUACUGGAGAAACAGAGUCAGCACAUUGUCAAGGCCCAGGCUUGGUGGCGGGGCAUCAUGGUCCGACAGAGGCUGGGGCCCUUCAGCCCGUACUACCCCAAGGUGGAGCGGCUCAUCAAAAAGAUGCCACGAUACAGCGACGUAUAUCCCGCACCGCCAAAAUAAUUGCACACGCGGUGAUAUA